AUGGGGAAUUUCCCCUGCAUCACAUUGGUGGAUCUUUGUAAGACUGUCACUGAGUGCAACUCCUCCACCUCAUGUGAACGCCUGAGGAUCGUGCUGAUUGGAAAGACUGGAGUGGGGAAGAGUGCUGUGGGGAACACCAUUCUGGGGAAACAAGUGUUUACCUCAGAGCCUUCUGCCAACUCUGUCACAGGAACUUGUGAAAGACAUAGUAUAAAUAGUCCCAGAUUUAUUGAGGUCAUUGAUACACCUGGUAUUUUAGACACUGGUAAAGGGAAAGAUGAUAUUAAAAAAGAGAUAAUGAAGUGCAUUCAAUACUCAUGUCCAGGGCCCCACGUAUUCCUGCUGGUGAUUCAGGUGGGCCGCUUCACUACAGAGGAGCAGAAUGCAGUCAGGGCCUUACAGAAGAUCUUUGGGGAAAAGUCUGCAGACUACAUGAUUGUCCUGUUCACUCGUGGUGAUGAACUUAAUAAGACUCUCAGUGAAUAUCUGAGGGGAAGUAAUUGUCACCCCAAACUUCAGUCAGUGAUACAGAGCUGUGGUGGACGAUACCAUUUAUUUAACAACAAAAGCACUGACCGCACUCAGGUUGUUAAUUUGGUGGAGAAAAUAGAUAAGAUGGUGAAAGAAAAUGGGGGAGGUCACUUCACUGAGAAGAUGUAUCUAGAGACACAGAGGGUCAUGACAGAAAAAAACCUCUCCUGGAACUCACCUGAGUUAAUCAAGUUUCUUACUUACCACCCUGAGCUGUUGGUGAAGGUGAUAGCCUUUCUAAAGGCUCUUGAUGAAGAAUGA